AUGUGGCUGGAUCGUUUCUCGGCCCAUCCCUCCUCCGCCUCUGGUGCCUCUACUCCCGGCCCUCGUGGUUACUCUCCCGCCCGCCGUCCCCAGCACCAGCAGCACCUCGGCGCUGCUACCCAGCAAAGUCGCCCGGCCUUCAGCCCUCGCUCCUCCUCCCUUUCCGUCUCCCUGACGACUACUCCUAAUGCGUCCUCGACUUCUCUCCCUAAUACCCUGCGCCAGGCAAGCGGUUCCUCCUUCCAUCGACAGAACGGCUCGAAGCCGGACCAGCGUCCUACGGGCUCUACCGCUGUAGACCCACUCGAAGUGCUGUAUGGCAUCAUUGGGAAACGUCCCGGGACAGGGGCUGAUUUAGACACGCCAACCAUCGUGCAUGCGACAGGAACUGUCGAGGCUACUGACAAGCCGGAAUGCCUAGUUGAGGAUAUCGAUUUCGGGGAGUUGAGUCUGGAAGAAUUCGCCCAGCAAAAGGAGGAGAGUGAGGAAGGGAAAUUGAAACGACGUGUUGAUGUUCAGACUAUAGAGCAGUAUGAAAGGGAAAGGGAUAGGUUUCAGGACCUGCACAGUGCAAUUAACGGUUGCGACGACGUUUUGAAAUCAGUCGAAUCCUACCUGUCCAGAUUCCGGACGGACCUUGGAGCAGUCUCUGCGGAAAUUGAAUCGCUACAAUCUCGAUCAGCCCAGCUGAAUUCCCAACUCGAGAACAGACGCAACCUAGAGCGGUUACUGGGGCCAGCCGUCGAAGAUGUCAGCAUAUCACCGAAAGUUGUGCAUCUGAUAUCGGAGGGACCCAUCAACCAAGAAUGGGUGAAAGCUCUAAAUGAAGUCGAGACCAGAUCGGCCAAUAUCGAAGCAAACACGUCUACUACCAGUAAUGUCAGGGCCGUCGAGGAUAUUAAGCCAUUAUUAUCUGAUCUGAAAGCGAAGGCCAUCGAAAGAAUCCGAGACUAUCUAGUCGCGCAGAUAAAAGCCAUUCGAUCACCCAACAUCAACGCACAGAUUAUCCAGCAGCAAUCCUUGAUAAAAUAUAAAGAUCUAUACGGCUUCCUCUCUAGAAACCACUCCGCUCUCACAGAAGAAAUUAUCCAAGCCUAUAUCAACACAAUGAGAUGGUAUUACCUAUCCAACUUCACCCGCUACCAUCAAGCGUUGGAGAAACUUAAAGUACAUCAUGCGGAGCGCAAUGAUUUACUGGGUGGUGAUCCGAGCGCCCAAAAAGCAUCAAAUAUAUUCCCCAGCGGCCGAAACCAAACGUACGACCCGUUCGCUCUCGGCCGGCGCAUGGAUAUUUUAAAGUCCUCCCAAACCGCUCUCCCUUCUUACCUAGCGGAGGAAAACGCCAGCCAUGCAACCACUACAAACCCAAAUGCAAAAGUCAACCCCAAAACCCAACCGUCAAUCCACGGCCUAGAAGUUCCCUUCCGAAACUUCAACCUAGCCCUAAUCGACAACAUUUCUGCCGAAUAUUCCUUCGUAGCGGAAAUGUUCGUCACAAAGACGCAAUCCCUACGCACCAGCUCCCGGCGCGUAAUCGAGAUGUUCGAACCCGUCUUCGCCCUCGGCCAUAACCUCACAAAACACCUAAUUGACUCGUCGACCGAUUGUCUAGGCAUCUUACUAUGCGUCCGCCUAAACCAGCAUUUCGCCUUUGAGCUGCAACGACGCAAAGUCCCCGUCGCAGACAACUAUAUCAAUGGAAUUAACAUGCUUCUCUGGCCCCGUUUCCAGAUGGUAAUGGAUCUGCACACCGAAUCAAUCCAACGCAUCGCCGGAAAUACUACUGGCAACAUCGGCGCUAUUCUCUCCCUCUCAGAAACCACCAACCCAAAUACAUCUUCCCCCGCUUUCUCAUCAUCAUCAGCCCCGCAUUUCCUCACCCAGCGCUUCGGCCAGUUCCUUCAGGGCAUACUAGCGCUGAGCAGUGAGGCAGGAGACGACGAACCUGUCUCGAAUUCCCUAGCGCGGUUACGGGUAGAGUUUGAUGCGUUGUUGGUGAAGUUGGCGAAGGCAGCAAAUGGCUCUGAUGCGAGGGGCCGGGAGAGGUUUUUGUGGAGUAAUUAUUCGUUGAUUGGGACGAUUAUUAGCGAUACGCGGGGGAGGUUGGCGGAGGAGGUGAAGGAGCAUUACACUCAGUUGAUCAAGAAUUCGGCGGGAAGACGGUGACCGGGACGGGAGGUGAUAGAAGAUCUGAUUAUGUAGUUUUCGAGUCUGGAAAGCACGACUAGGAUAUUUCAAUGGCGUUGUUGAUUUUGGAUUUUUUUUCUUCCCUAACCAUCCUUUCCCCGUGUUGUAUAUCCCAUGCUGAAUAUGGGACUGGGUGCCAUUUUUACCUAUGUACCUUGUCCCCUGAUUCAUUGAUAUUCUGCUUUACUGUAUAUCUAAAGGUUGCUUCUUUUAUUUUAUCUCCGACGUUUUGUUCUUGAAUCGUUCUGCGGUAUGCUAGGCCCACUGCAGAAUUAGCUCCAGAAGGAAUAGGACAUAGAUAUAGAUGGCUACAGAUACAUAAUAGAUCAUUGAUUAAGCUUGUU